AUGCUCUUUUUGAAAGCGUUUUUUCUUCUUAUCAUUGUGCUUUCCUCCACCGUCUAUUGCCUGAAACAGUGCACCGAACUCUUGCCCGGCCAGUUUACUUGUCUGGAACCGCGCAUUGAUCCGCUAACACAACAGCCGCAGCACUGUUCAAGAAUAAGUGGGCUAGCGGAAAGUAAGCAUACUGCUCGUGUAUAUUUAUGAUCUAGCUAAAUGUACAGUCGCACCGGGGAUCGUGUGUAAAGGCUUAAUAGACGUGGAUGGUUUUCGAUUCUUUAAGAAAAACAUCACCUGUCUGUGGACGUAAGGCCAUCUUUUUCGUCUAGCCUUCAUUCAGGAAUGGAUAUAAAUACGAAACUGCUCUGCUCCUUUCUAUUUUCGGGGGAGUCUUCGGACUUGACCGCUUUUACCUGGGUUACGUCGCUUUAGGUUUGUUCCGUUUGAAAGUUGCAUUCAUGUCCUCCUAGGCUGUCUGAAGAUGUGGACAGUUGGAGGGAUGGGUCUUUGGUACUUACUUGAUAUAAUUCUUCUGGUGAACAAUGUAAGUAGCUCAAAGCCUCCGAGCUUGCACGACUUCUUCUCUGUCUGAUUUGUUGCUUCUCUUCAUAUGCUCCCUUGAUGCGGUUGUGGUCGUGUACCAUCAUGCCCUCAAGGUUGUCGCGGACAAUUCCUCUCCGCGCUUGACGAUCUGCGACUGGGGAUCUAGUGAUCCCUAUCUGCUCUCUUUGUCACCCGCGGAGAUAUUCUACCAGAAAUUCAAAAUCUAAUUCUGUGCUCUGUUUUGAAGUAAUAGUCGACUUGGCCACUUCGUCACCUCUAGUUAUAUAGGGGCAUCGGUUUACGACAAAACACCACUGUAAUCUCCUCUUGAUAGCCUGGACUUUUGUAAUGCUGCCAGCAAGCACAGCCUGCCUCAAGCAGGUCGAAUUUUGUUUAUCUAUCCCGACAGAUCGUCUCCGGUCAACGGCGGUUGAAAACCUUCUGGUUUUGAUUACCCGGCACGUACAGUUCAGUCGUCUCAAUAGCAGACCAUAAGGGCGUCUUUUAUAUCCAGGUCUUUACGGCAACGGAAAUAUGCCCUUGAUGGCAUUGAUAUGUUCAGGCAGCCUGUAAGUUUCAUCGAUUCGAGCGACAGUGCAGUCCGUGUGCUUCCGUCUGGCAACUGCGUCCCGAGUCAUUUAAGGGACAUUUCUGUAUAAGCCUGCAAACUAGGCGACCUUUCCAUCCAGAACUACAUUCUGGAUGUUUUUUUAGCGGAAUUCCUAUAGGAAGAUGCAGGAAGCAUAGUAAAGGCCCGUUGGUACCCUUAUGUCAUAAUGCUUUCCGAUAGCGUGCUUUGAGAGCGUGGUCUGUCCAGCUUUCCACCGGAUAUCAAAAAUAUGAUCUACACCUCAAAGUUAACUGACGCACCGCCGUCGUCUUCACCAACGGCAACAGAACUCAUGUCAUGAAACAAGAAAUCAGAUUAUGCACAGUAAACAUCGAGAUUAGCGAAACGCGCCUUAUUAUACGAAAAUUUCCUUGUAACUUAGAAACUGUUCUCGAGACCAUAACCGUAGUGUCCAAAAAUAAUUACUGAUCUCGAACGAAUAGUUACUUUGGUCACUGUGGUAGGGACGGUUACUGGGGCUUUUUAAGUUGAUCAGAAGUGAUAGCCUUUAGAGAAAAGCGUGAAUGUCAAAACAUCAAAAGCUGCAUCGAACUAACCGACUUGGUUUGUAGAACUGUAUUGUGUAUGUUCUCUCAGACAAACGAAUGAUAAGACGAAGUAUGCAAUAUAAGGUUUAUGAACUUUUUUACAUUAUCAUCGGGCUAAAUAUUUUCGAAGAGUUAAUAUCUAGAAAUGUGGUUACCAGUGCUAUGUAUGGUGUUAGAGAAAUUUUUAACAACACACAAGGAAGUGUUAGACAACAAUUCCUUUUUCGCGAGGCUUACAGUGCGAGAUAAGUUCAUCUGAUUCAAAAUAGUGAAGUUGCCAAAAAUGAAACUUACAGGAUGGCAUACUGAAAAGUCAGCUACGAAAGCCUUGAGCACACUAUCCGCUUCCGUAAAGUUUCCCUUUUUUUUACUGGCAACCGUUGUGUCAGUGGAUACUCGGCUAAGUUAGCGUACCCAGUCAAUUUUCAGAAAAAAAGUUCCUUUAUUUCACGAUUGUGAAACCUAUAGAAAGGUCGUAGUUCAUGUUCGCGGAAAUUUUUGUCUGCAAGUGACCAUCCAGCCCUUACGUGUAAGUUGUCACAAUUAUGAAAAAAACAAUUUCAAAAUCUAAAUCCCAUGUUGAACAUGCUUGUGGUCGAAUAAUUAAAAUUGUCUAGUAAGCCUUCUCCUCAAAAAGCGUCAUGUUAUAGAAUUUCGCAAAUGGAUGCUUGCGCCAACGAUAUUUUUCCAAUACUUUUUUAGAGAGGAAAGCAGAAAUUUCUCCGGGCAUGCACCUAUCUGACUGAUACUCGGAUUGUUCUGUUAUCUUUUGACGAACUCACCAUUCAUUAACCCUAUAGGUAUUUGAUUUUUGUCCCAAAGUAAAUGACGUGACUCCCGUUGCGUCUCUUGCCAAAAAACGGCUUGGCCAUUUCGCGGUUAUUCAGCAGGUUUAUGUCAUAAACGUGUACUCCGCAAAAGAUAGGCCAUAUUCUUGCGUGCAACUCAGUGUGGAUCAGGAAAAGCAUUGUUGUCCCUAGUACCGCCAUGUUACUUUUGGUUGUUGAUCAUUUUACAUUUGCGUUUUAGAAUCUGCAUCCUGCCGAUCGUUCCAACCUCACUCACCCAUAUUACAACCCUGGGAUAGUCUAUCUCCGUGAUAGCAAUCUUCUAUAG